GCGGGGCGAGGGCUCCCCGGCCGCCCCCGCCCGGCCAGCCCCGCUCCCUGGUACCGGGGGCUGCUGGGGUUGUGUCCAAGGCCUCCCCCUCCCCCGCGUACACACUCACACACACAGACACACGCACACACACACUCACACACACACACACACACACACACCCCAUCUCCUCCUGCCGCCGCCGCCGCCGCCGCCGCCGGAGAGAUCGGGGAUCGCCCGCGGCCCGGCCCCGCUCCCGGCUGCGCCCCGUGCCCGGGCGCAUCGCACCCCGCGGGGGCUCGCCCGGCUGCCCCCGGGGCGGCGUGCGCGGGGCGGGGGGUGCGGGAGGGCGGGGGGACACACGGCGGCUCCCACGGCGGCUCCCGAUGGCUCGUCCGCGGCCCCGAGAAUACAAGGCUGGAGACCUGGUGUUCGCCAAAAUGAAGGGGUACCCGCACUGGCCGGCCCGGAUUGAUGAACUCCCUGAAGGAGCUGUGAAACCUCCAGCAAAUAAAUACCCCAUCUUCUUUUUUGGGACUCAUGAAACUGCGUUCCUGGGCCCCAAAGACCUUUUCCCAUACAAAGAAUAUAAAGAUAAGUUUGGGAAGUCGAACAAGCGAAAAGGAUUUAAUGAAGGCCUGUGGGAAAUAGAAAACAACCCUGGAGUAAAGUUUACUGGAUAUCAGGCAAUUCAGCAACAGAGCUCAUCAGAAACUGAAGGAGAAGGUGGAAAUACAGCAGAUGCCAGCAGUGAGGAGGAAGGUGAUCGGGUAGAAGAGGAUGGAAAAGGAAAAAGAAAGAAUGAAAAAGCCGGCUCAAAACGGAAAAAAUCCUACACUUCAAAGAAAUCCUCCAAGCAGUCACGGAAAUCUCCUGGAGAUGAAGAUGAUAAGGACUGCAAAGAGGAAGAAAAUAAGAGCAGCUCUGAUGCUGGGGACGCAGGCAAUGACACAAGAAACACUUCUUCAGAUUUGCAGAAAACCAGUGAAGGGACUUAACCAACAUAAUGACUGCUGAAUAUUAAGGGAAAACACAAGAAGGUUACAUGUUUGGUUGUCUAAUAUUCUUGGAUUUGAUAUGAGUCACCACAUCUGUUCAUUAGUACCAUCAACAGCAUCCCAGUUUGUAUGCACAUUAUUCACAUUCCUAUCUGUUGUGUUUGCAGAAAUGACAUUUUUACCCUUUUUUCUAAGGGUUACUUUUUGAUUUUCAUAUUAUUUGGUUGCAUGAAGUUGCCCUUUACCAGUGGCUGAGGUUUAUGAAGAUAUCGCAUACUUGAACACAUUUUACAUUCCUUUUCUAGACAGAAAAGGCGUAAUUCCAAAUUAUGUCAUUCUAAAUCAGUGUUUUUUAAACACGACUAAAUCUUAGAAAUUAGUCCCCUCCAUACGAUGCUACAAUAUCUUCCACGUACAAACAUAAUUUUAAAUUCCCCUAUAUCCAUUCUUUCUUGAGUUCUGAUCAGUUUACAACAUAAAAGAAAAAUUCUUCAGUUGAGGUCACCGCCAAGUUCAAUAAUGUAAUAAAAUACCUUUCCUUAUUAGAAGUACCUAGCUAGUUAUACUCUUAAUACUUCUCCAAACCAUGAUGUAAUGUACACUAUCUGACUUAGUUCCUAUAUGUGGAGUUAGUGAAAGUCUUUUUGUGUUUCUUUAGAUUAAUACAAGGAUUUUUUCCAAUGCCAACACAAUUUGAAAUCAUUCAUUUUGAUGCUUUCCAUUUUUAAGCUUACUGUGAUAUAGAACCCUAUGGGAAACCAAAACAAAACAUCAAUUUUAAAUAACGAAAGGCUUAAAAAAGGAUGCUGUCAUUCUGGCUUUUUUUUUCCUUUUGGAAAUAGAACUAGACUAGUAAGUAAGCAUUCCAAAUCCAUUACUCUGUGUACAUUAUUGUUGCUAUUGUGAUAAUAGAGAUUUUUAUUUAUUUUUAUGCCAGCUUUUAUUGUGAAAACAUAUUUAGUCUGGUUUUAUCAAUCCUUGUUAUGCUUGUCCUUGGAACAUCUUUUGCGUAUUCAAGGUUUGUAGUUGAUGAGUUUACUGUAAAAAACUAAAAAAAAAAAAAAAAAAAAACCACAGGGGAAAAAAAAACAACAAAAAAAAACACAAAACAAAAAGGAAACAAAAAAAUGUAUUGUUUUUACAGAAUAAAUUUAUUGGAAUGUGUAUUGGGAGUAAGGUUUGAGGUUGUAAGCAACUAAGUUAGCGUCAUAUUUGGCUUCAUACGUGUAAUAAUGUGAGGUAUUAAUGUAAGUCAAGUAUUAAAGCAAAACAUUCUGUUAACAUGAGUUGACCAUAAUAGAUACAAGUGCAGGUGAGAUCCUUUAUUUUUUCUGUACUUUGCCUUUUCUGGAUAACGGGAGGUCAUUAAAUUCACCUUGAAUGUAUUCAAAGUUUCUUUAAAAUCAUCAGAAGUAACAUCGGAGGUUCAAAUACCUGUUCGUGAGGCAGCAUGUCCUGUGACAGCCUGACAGCUCUGGGUUUGUUUCCCUGGGAGGAUGGACUGGGAUGGAGCCAUCCCAAAGUCUAGUGCACAUGGAAGGAGCCCGCAGCAGGGAUGCUGGGUGCCUACAAGCCUUGCCUGAGAUGUGCUGUGGUUGUUUUGGACCUGUCCCUUUGGCUGGAGGUGUAAAACCUGUAAAGCCUCUCCUCUGAGCACUGCUGGGAACUGCAUCACAGCCUUCAGCAGGAGACUGUCACAGCCUGGAUUUCUCAGUGCUCUGAAGGUCCCCUCUUGCAGGGGGCAGCACACAGGCACAUGAGCUGAUGCUUUCUUGUUACUGUUAGGUUUAGAAAGAAAACUAAAAUUCUUUCAGUCAAAAAACCCAGAAGUCAACAUCCUAAAAUAAAGUGUUUCCAGUUAAAAUGGUCAGCUAAUUUCAUCUGUGAGAAAGGCACUAGGUGUACUGCUUUUAAUAUAAACACACAUAGGAGGCAUAGAAAUAGCUGGUAAUUGCAAACAGAAACAUAAGCUGCCCAAGCCAAGGUCACUGUGUUUGCUGCUGCUUGUUUAUGACCCAGCAGCAGUAGCAAAAGUAGCUGCAGAGAACACAGCCAAAACCCCUCCUCUCUGAAAAUGCACAUACUGUGUGAGCCCAGGGGUUCACGGGCCUGAGCCCUCCAUGCCCAGCCCACAGGUGCUGGUGAGCAGUCCUUGCAGAGGUGAAUCCUUAAGAGAAUUAACAAAACCAUAUGAUUUGCUUAUCAUAUAUGGAGUCCUACCAUAACAGUUGAUUGCUUCUUAAAAGAUUUCUUGGGAUUUUUAACAAGGCUGACCCACAAGACAUACUUUUUGACAAAUAAAACGUGUGCAUGUGACAGAGUUAUGUAUGUUAAUUUUUCACGCUUCACAAUGCUGACCUUCAUGUUCCGCAGUAGCUGUGCAGGGACUGCUGGCACUGCUGUUCUUCUGCGUGCGGAGGCUAAACACUGACAUCAUUAUUAUUAUUUAACUUCAUGCAGUAUUUCUAAAACUGUCAAAGCAGCUUACUUAAAAAUAGCUGUGGGAACUGGCAAUCCACUGCCACGCAAAGUCACAAUGUUGAGAAAUGGUGCUAAAGGCAGUCGUCUUUAUUUUCCCUUUUUGAGUAGGAUAAACAAAACAGACCGUGCAACUUUACACAGUUGUGCAAUUUUACACAUCUUACACACUUUGUUUGGGUUCCAUCUGAGCAGUUCAGUUACAUCCCAACCCAAUUAUAUACAUAGCCAAGGAGAGGAGCUGAAAACAGUCGUGCUAUUCUGUUUUAUCUUCUUGUUUUGGUUUCAUAAAAAACUCUGGCUUGUUGACACACCUGUAAGCGAACAGCUGAGGAAGAAUCCCAUACAUUACGUUCAAUAUCAGGAAAAACUCUUUUGCUUCUUCAGGGACUCUGUAGAUGUAAGGAGUUCGAGCAUGAAGAGAAGCACCAAUAUGGGAAAAUUGAGCCUGUGGUGUGUAUAUAACGUUUAUAUUAAAAAAGGUGAAGUUGAUGUAUAUUUUGGAAAGAUGGCAUAAUCUGCAUGCAAGACUGCAUCUCCAGUGACAUUUUCCAAGCCAGCCCUUUUAUUCCAGAAUUAUCCAUCAUCCUUUUGCACACUGGUAUAAAAAUGCAGUUUAAACUAAAAUCAUUAAUAUCUUGGUAUAAGAGGCAUGACUGGAACCAUGAAUGGCAUGGUUGGAGGUUUGUUUUAUGCACAUGGUGGCACUGAUACAUCAGGUAUAGGAUUGCACCCUUGGCUUCUGCAUCAUACUUUGUGCAAGAGAUUCCACGAUCCUUCCCCAGGCAAAUGGCCACGGAAGUGGCAUCCCCACAGAGCCCUGUGCUCCUGCUCAGCCCAGUCAGGGAGUAGGACUGGCACCCACCUGCCUGGGAAUGUUGCAUUAGGCUUCAGUAGGAGCAGACAGUCUGAAUAAAGUUAGAGAGUAAAAUCUUGGAAGCUGUGUUAGUUCCGGUUUGAAUUUAGGUUUUGUUUUUUAAUCUUAAACCCAGAGUGUUCCAGAUUCUGAUCCCAGAACUCCUGAUGAUUUCAGAAAAUGUCUGCAAUAUUCGGCUUUUGGGCUGGGGUGGUUCUGAACUAUGGGUUGAGCGUGCAGUGAAGGUUAUAGGCACAGACAAGCUUGCUGGCCUGAAGCAUAUUUUUAGCAUAAACAAACAUUUAAAGAUAGAAGUGUCAGGAUAGUCGCUGUCUUUUGUUUCCAUCUGUUACCUGCUAUUUCAAGCUGCAGCUCAUUCACAUUAACUAUUAUGUGUCGAGGUUUUUUAUUAUUAUUUAGUUAGCAGUGGAGGAGAUAUGAGAAGAUAAACAUGAGCAAAACACUGAGACACCAGAAUUUUAGGAACACAGAGGAGUACACUAAGGCCAAAUCACUUCCUCUGUUCUGGCUUCAGCAGGAGUCAUUUUAAACUCACAAAGAACACAGUUCUGGUCACAGCAAAGUAGAAGGGAAAAUACAGUGCAGGUGUUUCAAUACACCAUCCCAGCAAAAGGUUAGGCUGAGACCAUCCAUCAAAACAGAACAGGAAAUUGGUUUUCAGGUGAUUCCAACCACCUCCACUGAAUGGGGAGAGCUUAUCAAGCAAACCUGAGCCAGGAAACGAAAUAAUCAACAAAAUCAAGUACAAACACACUUCAGCAGAGUGCCACUUAGCAUCUUUCUGUAAAUAGCUAUUACACAGCAAACAGAUGUUCAGGGGCACACUGUCAGCAGCCUGUUUACAUCGGCCUUGUAAUUCAGUCUGUCUCUUGCAGCCCGUUUGUUCUCACCUCUCAGGCAGGACUUGCCUUUGGCUCCUGGGUGGGCUCAGAUCCCUGCUACUUCUCCUGGCCCAGGCAGCCAGAGCACUAAUUCUCAGCACCAAAGCCCACUUGUUACAUGAAGCAGCAGAUUCCCAGGCAGAGAACCAGCCACCAUCAGGCUGCAGAGGAAGUUUGGUCUGUCUGGUGUUUACCUAGACACUGACAACCUCCUGAAAGCAUUUUAGAGCCUCUUCUGGGGUGAACAAGACGCUAAGCUACCUACUUGCUGUGGAGGACUGUGAGGUCCGCCUGUCUCUGAGAGUGGCCAGCCAUGCAUCGCAGUAAGUUGACAGUAAAUUCCUAAUAAUUCUUAGUAAACCUUGUCAGAAAGAACUGUAAGGGGAUGCUUCUGAGAGACCCAGAACACUCAGAGACUCCAAGAUGCCUUUGAGUAUCUAAGCCUUAUUGUGUGGUCUUGUCUCUUGCAAGAGUUGUGGCACAUUAGUGAGCUUUGAGCAUUGUAAAACCAAAAAGCAGUAACGUGUCCUGUCUGUAGCCCAUGAAGAUUUUUACUAGCUGAUGAUGCACCAUAUAUAAUGAAGUUAUUGUUUAUUAGACUUGUUUUUCAAUGUAACACAUUGCUUCUUCCUUUCAUUACCAGGGAGGAUAUUUAGAUCUGUUAAAGUCACUUUUUUUUCUUAAUUUAUUUGAUUUGCCUCUGUAGAAAUUGUGUUAUGUCUUUAAUCUUGUGUGUUUCAUUUCCAUGACUGUUCUGUGUCUUAAAAUCAGAUCUCUCACUCACCAAUAGCCCAGUCCUGCUCUUCCUUCAAGUACCAGGCAGACUUACACCAAGUCAAUAAUUUUGAACAGUAAGACAAGAGCUGUAAGACAGAGCUCUGUGUGCAACAGGCUGGUGCUGUGCUAAGUGAGAGAAACCACAUGUCUGUUGUGUUACCUCGCUGUGAUCGGGGCCUCUCGGCGAACAAGCCAUUCCUUGGUGCUUUCUGUUAUUGAACCCUCUCCAAGCUGGGAAUUUUGAGGCUCAAACCAAUCCCUAAACCUUGGCUGAGAAAUCAACCAAAUGAGAUGCUGCAGGUAACUUUCUAAGGCAGCCUUACAUGUCUAACAGCCAGCCUUUGUUACCCUUGGAGCCUCGGCCAAUCUGCUGAUCCCGGUUGGAAGCUGCUGGGUGCUGGAUAUGGCACUGCUCAGCUUGACAACUGCAAUUCGUGUAUGCCUCCUACUCAUUAAGCUUCCUGUCCAUAGGAAGUAGUUUGGAUUUGGAUUAUUUUACAAUAUUUUUUGCUUUGUUGCCUAAUCAUAGGCAAUAGUUCAACUAUUUCUUACCCUGCAGCCAAGAAAGCCCUCCAGCUGGGGACAGAGAAGGGCCUGGAAAAAGGUUAGGAGUCCUUCUUUACUCUGUGCCUUCUCUUUAAGACUGACUAAAAUCAGGCAAAGACUGUAGCUUUCAAGGGUUUGGACCAGUUCUCCUGAGCCUAAGGAAAGCCAUCCAAUAGAGUGGUGAGAGAGUAACCUAGAGAAAUAUAUUCCUUGGGUUUAGGGUCCCAAAGGUAGAUAAGUAGGCACUGCAGAAACUAGCCACCAAAAACUGCAGAAUUAAACCACUAUGAGAGGGAGUAGAGGAAAACUUUCUAUGUUUCAGAAAACAGAGAAAUUGGCUACAGAGAGCUGGUGAGACAGAAUGCUUUUGGAUAGCAAGGCUGUGGCUGUUCAUCCCUUCUCCCAUGGCUCACUUAUAUACAGAAAUACCAAUUUCAUCAAAGUCAUAGACUGUUCCAACCUUUUUCUAUAAUCAGAGCUCAUGGUACUUUACUUACGUGAAAUUUAAAGAGCUCCUCCUGGAGCUUCAGAAAGUCUAAUAAUUACUGGGUCAUAACUGGUUUUGGAGUCUAAAUGUUAGUAACAGUUACAUGUAAUUCUGAAAAACAGUAAAUAUGUCUCUGUGUGUGAAAGGCUAGUAGGCACUUUUAGAGGUUCUUAGUUUAGAUGCAUCAUAUGGUAUUUUGUGACUUGUUUUUGUAAAAAGUACAUCAUAAUGAUAGAAAUAAAAAUUGAAGUCUCUACGUUCCCCAUCUGUAGGAGCAGUGUUCAUUCCCAGGGAGCAGUGCCCACUCCUUCCACCAAUGGAUAUUUACCUUUAUUGGACCUUUGUGCAUAAUAGGAAGCAAAAUGUGUUCCAGUAACUACAUAUGUUUUAAUGAUAAAUUACAGUGUUUUAACUUGAGAAAACAGCAGAUGAACCUGGAAAUGUGGUUUUUUGCCUCAAAAUAGCAAAACCCCAAAAUAAUAUAGAAAGAGUCCUCAAUUCAUUGUCACAUGUAUUUUACAUCCCAGCCUGCUCACAGUUCACCAAGUCAAAUCAAUUCAAUCAUAGUCAGUUGGAGGAUGACUGAAGUUCAUCCUGCAGUGCAUUAAGGUAAAAACUACCAAAAAAACCCCCCAAAACCCUCCUAAAUGUCAAGGAAUGGUUUUUUUGAAGCAAGAUAAAAUAUAGGGAGUACACAGCAACAUACAGCUCUCUUAAACAGUUUUUCUCAGCCCACAGUGUUUGCUGCUGCCAGGACAAGCUUUAAAGAGUGAAAUGGGAAAUUUUGAGUGUUAAUCUAAUCUGCAAAUUGACAUCCUGAGGCCAAACCACAAAGAACAACAGAGGGGUUUUAGACUUCAGCAACAAAAUGUUGCAUCAUACAUCUAAAAGGAUAAAACAUCAUUAAAAAAAAAAAAAAGGCAAGUGUUUGUUACAGGAAACAUUAAAAAACAAACAAACAAAAAACCAACAAACAAAAAUCACCUCCAGGUGGGGAGGCUGAGUUUUCUGGUAAGUUUGCAAGGUUGUGAUAGUCAGCACACUUUGACUUCUGGUUUACUUUUCCUUGUGGUAAAAAAAUCUUUGAAGGGGUAGUUUCUUUCCUGAUUGUCUGGGGAAUUUAUGAGACCUCAGUAAUCUGUCGGUAAAGAAAAGUUCCUGAUAUGACUUUACCUACUUUAGCUAGUUUUUGCUUUUUUUUUUUCCUAAAUUACAUUUAGGCUAAACACAGUUUUAUAAUAUUUAUAAUGCCUUUUAAGCAUCUAAACCUCCUCGUUAAUGUUUGCCAGAUUCUGUUUUGAUAUCACUUAAUAAUUCAAGAUUCUCUAUAAACUGUUUGGAGAGAAAAAAGAAAAGAAGUCUAUUCUCUCUGAUAAUUGCUCACAAAUAGAAAAUGUCAUUCCACCAUCCUUACUGGGCAGUUAAAGUGGAUUGUAGUUUGUAUCCAUGAUUGUUAUCUCAGGCCUGAGGAACGAAGUGUUGGUCUGUGUUUGUCUAGUAGUGGUAUUUGAAUUACACUUAUUGCUGUGUCCCUGUGUUCUCACUAUUGUGGCAGGAUUACGUGCACAUUUUCUGCAUUAUCUGGAUGCUCAGAGCACAUUUAAUUUCCUACAUACAGUACAAAUCAAUUGUCCCUGUGUCUCAACUGUUUAAUGGUCAUCUGUACGUUAUGAGAAGUCAUUUAUCACUUCCUGUUGGAUUGUUUUGUUUUGAUCAGUCUCCUCAUAAGCAUCAUCACCAUCUAGUAAUUAGCCACUGUUGUUUAUUUGGGAGAAUCAGAAGGGAAUGAGUUAAGGAAGUAUGAUCAUUGGUCUGCCUUUGGCAGCACAAGCAUGUCUGGGUGUUACUGUGGUUUGUGGCCCAGGAGGUUCCCAGUGUUGUAUCCAUAUCAUCAACUGAUACUGUACAUUUUGUGUGACCAGUAGAUACUUUUUUCCAUUUAUAUGUUUCAAACUACCUAGUUAGCCAACUCAUAUUAUGGAAACAAUAUAUUGUGCUGCUUUGUUGUGUUUGGGAUUUUUUUUACAUGGUUGACUGUCACAGCUUUAAGACAGGCUUCCUUCAUAGUCCCAGCUAAAGAGUGCAUGGUGCUUAAUAAGGUUUAAAUGAGCACAAUAAAAACAUUGUGCAGAAGGAGAGAAGUCUGCUAAAGCAAGAGUGUGGUCAUUAGAGACAUGUAAUAGAUUUGAUUCUCCACUCCCUUAAAUUAAGGGUUUUUUUACAGAUACAAAAACUGAUCUGAUCUGAGUUACAUUAGCAUAAAACCUGCAUGGAAAGAUCAAGCCCUGGUCCCCUUAUUUACUCCAUAGAUGUCUACUUAUUAACUUGUAAUUCAAAAGUGAACAUUUUGCGAAGAAAUACCUGAGCUAGUCCUCCAGCAUGUAUGAGGGUUAAAUCAGGCAUCCAGGAACAGCCAGGCACCAGGAGGCCAUACAGAGCAAUCACAUAGUAUGGCACAGAGUAGAACAUGUAUGCCAGCAUCUGCAUUGUAAACACAAAUAUUAGUUGCUUUGCAGUGUGAGGGAGAUGCAUUUAAAAAUCAGCCAGCUGCUUACUGAGAGAUUGAGACUACUCAAAACUACACUCCUGGCAGCAGUUAUUCCGAGGCCUUUUUGCAGCUCUAACUUCUUUAAGAAGGAAUUUCAUACCUGGAUACUAUUGACUGGAUCCAGCUACCCUAAGGCCUCCCCUAAUAUUGAUGGCUGUUUUCUCCUUGCCCAGGACAUGUUUCCCUACUCCUUGCCAUCUUGAGACCAUGCCAGUAAGCAUGGCUUGACCUAACUCCUUGUCCAACAUAAUGUGGGUGUCCAUUUUUCAGGCUCCAUUGCACUCUCAGGUGGGAGGUAUGAGAUACACCCACACCUCCCCUUUCCCAGACAGAACUGGUCCAGCAGUUACUUGGUUUCUGCUCAUUACCACACCCCUGCAUCCUCUCACUGCUUCAGGCCCUGUCCACAUGCAGCAGCCAGGCUUGCAGGAGAAUGGCAACCUCCAAUAUUACAAAAGUAAAGCACAACAUUCCCUCAUCUGCAAUGCUUUUUGUAUAGUGUCCUGUUUCAAAGAGUGUGUCACUGGAGACAGAAGUGAAUGUCAGCUUAAAGAAUCUUAUCUACUACACCCCUUCUUACUGCAUUAUUCCAGACUGAAAGUCUGCUUUGCCCUUCUAAGGAAGGAGAAUGAACAUUUUAAAAGAAGUAUGCAGAUCUGUUUCAUGGACUGUAUUACAAGAACCUUGAGUAAUCAGGGUGUGUUACUCUAGGUAACUAAUUUGAAUCUAAGUUUAUCACAAUGAUGAGUUGAUGCCCUGUAAUGGCUAUACUAGAAAAUAGGAAAUACUGCUUAACUUGCCAUGAACUUCAUCUGUGAAACCCAUGGCUUCAUCUUUGCACCAGUUUACAAAUCACUCCUUAACACACUCUGCUCCAUGGUCAAUGCUUUACCUGAAGCUUAGGGUAGGCAGCAGGAUCUUUUAUGUAGGGCUCAUGCAGUUGAAUAUACAGCCGGCAGAGUUCAGCAGGGCAGUCCAGGGCAAUCUGAGGAGAAUUUUCAAAACUUCCUGUGAACAAUUUGUUCUAAAACCAGCCAACCUGACAUCUGUAACCAGCCCUAAAGAUGCACUAGUGGUCUGCAGCACUGCUACCCUGGAGGCUUGCAAAGGUGAUCCAUGGGAUCACCAAUUAACAGGUGAAAUGCAGCCCCCUCUUGGCUCCUGCUCAGGGGGGUUGGGAGGAAAUGCUGGCAGCCUGCUUUAAAGACUUUGACUGGAGAGAAUUUGGUCAGUUGGCUAUGCUGUAGUAAAAGUAUAAUUGCUAUUGAUUUGCUCUGAUAAACAACCUUUGAUCCCAGCAAAUGUACUUUCCAAUGGAAAAUUGCUCUAAGAGUGGAAACUUCAGGUUAGGCACCCAGUUUUAGGAUAGUAAACUACUAAUGUAGUCUAAGAAGAGCUACACUGGGGCAAGGUAGCAACAGAGAGCAAUGCAGUGAGACAGGUGUUACUUACAGUAAUAAUAGUUUUUAAGAGAGUAGCAAAGGAAAGAUUAUUGGAUUUUGCAUUCCUAUAGAAACAACUUCCAAAUAAACAUGGAGAGAUGCAGUUGCAAAAGUAGUUCCUUUUCAUAGUAGCCCUUAAAACUACUACAAAAGAUACAAAAGAUACUGUUCUGAAAUGAGUUAGCAAUCUGGAUCAGCAGCUGUCAGUGUGUGUUUAUGACAUCAUUAAUGCCUGAGCUACAGGGAUGAAGAGUAAGUUUUGCAUAACUUGAAUUCAUAUGUAUUUGUUGUGUGACUCUGAGGGGAAAGCGCAAAGAUUUGCAACCAGUGGAUGUUCCUUCCUGUUCUUUCCAACAUGGGGAUACAAGAAGCAGGUCUGAGUGGACUAUAAUGGAUUAUGUUUUAUUAGCUUUUUCACAAAAUCAUGGUUCCUGCAGCUUGCACAGAGAUGUUCAGUUGAUCUCUAUAAGUAAAACCAGUAAGCAGUUCCUGUUUGGUGAAGGAAAUCUAUAAUGAAAUGACCACACUCUCAAAAUAAAAAAAAAAACCAAAAACACUCCUCUGAGAAAUGAAAUGGGAUUGCAGAACCAAGUUAGACAAUGAGACUAAUGUUUCCAACAGUGAAAUUACAGGUAAAACUCUAUCACUGUAGCAGUGUAUCAGUGAUGCUCUGAAGUAGCAUGAUCUGUAUGAUAUAAAGCAGCCUGUGACAAAGUAGAAGGAAAAAGUGGUUUUGAGGGGCCAGUUUUCAGAGAAGCAGCAGGAGAUAGCAGAGUAAUGUGAGCAGCACAACUACAAAGGGACAAUCUGCACUAGGUAAAUAAAAUGUUGCUUGGGUAUUUAUCACCACCUCUUACUUGAACUAUUCUAGAAAGGAUAAACAUUCAAGCUUUGUUCACUGAAUGAUACACAAGUUUCAUCCUGCUUAAGACAGAAAAUGCACUAGAGCUGACAAGGGACUACACUUAUCUACUACUGGAUUUAUCUCUUGAAAGCAUUUUCAGUACUGCUUCCUCCCCUCAGAAAUUUUAAUUCAAUCAACUAUACUUAGAGAGCAAACAUUUUAAAAAAUUGUCCCUUGGUUAGUAGAAACAACAUGUGUUGUUCAGGUGCCAUGGAUAAUUUUUUUGCCUUUUAGGUGGAAAUGUUCUCUUAGACUGCAUGAGAUAGAAGUUAACUUGAUUUCCUGUAUAAUUUUAAAUAUGCAUUUCUGCUUAGAAAAACACAAAUAUAGAAUUCCUUCAGUUGUUUGUCUCCACGUUCUUGGCUGUAAAUGUAACAACAGGCCAAUGAAAACAGUUUUAGGUCGUGUUGAUUUGCACUUGGGAUGCUAUUUACUCUCAUGAUUGUGUACCUCCUUUUGAAAAACAUGCUCGCACAGCACAAAAUGGAGAAGCAAAAGCACCAAGAGUUAGCAUGAAUAAUUUGUCCUUUUAUAUCUAAGGCAUAUUUGAACCCUAAACAUUACAGGAUUUCCCUUGACCACAAUGUACAUGGUUUUUCAUACAGACUCAAAUUUAAAAGUUGAACUGAACAUUAGAGGCCAGAGUAUUAAAACAUAUUCAACUUACCAUGCCCCUAAAUAUGCAAAACCCCGUUGCUAGGAUGAGGUAUGCAGCUAACAUUAAAUCUAUUGGUCGUCUUAAGAGCCCUUUCUUCUGGACUUCCUGAACCACCUGCAACACAGAACAUGUUUAGUAAGUACAUCCCAGUUCCAUGUGGCUUGUUUAACUACAAGGAGGGUGAAGUGGUGAAACAUCAUUUCUAUCCACUGAUUUCAGAGACAGAAAUAUUUCCACGUCUAAAAAGGUGACUUCAGGCUUGAUACGAUGUAGUGAGGAAGAUUAAUCUGAAUAAACUCUAGAAAUGGAUGGAUCCAACUAAAGCCAUUUCAAUAUAGAUUAGUGCCAUUUCAAAGCAACCUGAAUCAAAUGAACACUAACUCUGCAAUCACCUAAGGCUUUACAACAGCAUAACUAACUUUUUCAAAAUUGUGUGUUUUGUUAAUUGGAAUUCAUUAAUUUUCCUGAAUGUCCCCAUGUAGAAAAGCCUUGGAAACAUAAGUUUGUCUCAAACAUCUGACGUUGAAUCUGAUAUGCUUUGUAAAAAGACUGGGUCCAUCUCAUUACUGACAGCGAAUGCUGGUUUUCAGCAGCUUGUGACACUAUUGAAAUCAAUGGAACUAUCACUGGCAUAAAAUAAAAGCUUUUCUGUGGCUGGUUGGGUCCCCUGCUGAGUUCAGUAAGCAAAUAUUAUAUAUUAAUAUGUAAUGCCUAACUAGAGAAUGAAAUGUGCUUGUGUGUAUGUGUGUGUUUGGAGUAUGUGGAUAAACCUUCCUUUCAUUCUUUCAUCACUUUGUGCUGUGGAUUCCUCUGGCAGGCACUGAAAACACUUCUUUCUGGGUCUGAUCUGUGCCUCCUUUCCUCAGCUCAGGACAAGAAUCCCCCCAGUGCUCUGCAGGGGCAGAUGUGAGGGGUUCACACCCCAUGGUAAUAAAGGCCAUAUCCAUAUCUAACAAGGUGGCUUGGAAAAACCAAAGUCAUCCCUUUGCCUACAUGGUAAAAACUACAAAACCCGUGGAAAUAAUUCGAGGUGCACUUUCUGCACUGUGUAGUCACAAAGUUGCAAGCACAUCAGUGUAUCUUUCUGUAGUUCAGAGGGAAAACUUCCCCAUGUAUAUGUGUUACUCAUUUCCUCUUCCUUUUUAUUAGCUCUGUGUUGGCAUGCAGACAGCUAAAGAAAAACCUGAUUUCCUUCCUGUUAUACACUUGUGGAAUUGUCUCCAAAGCGCAAAACAAUAAUUAGGAUGCAAGGGCACAGUUAAAAGCACUCGGGAUCAAGAUAUUCACAAUGAAGUUAUUGAAACAGGAGAAACAAUCUUGCAAGCACAAUUCCUGAGUAAAAUCUACUAGCUCUGAAUUCUUGGCUAACAAAAACAAGGCUACUGUAAACACAUAGGCCAUCAUAAUACUUUUUCUGUUUUUCUUUCAAAGGAUCUUUUUCAAGAAAAAAAAAGUGACACCUUUGUUUUCCUUUCAAACACAAAUAACAGGUUUGUUUUGGCAGUAUGGUGUCACUUCACAGUAUUCACAGUAUCAGUGUAGGAAUGCUUUUAAUAUUACUGGAAAGGAUGUCUAUAUUCUAAUAUUUAUUCCUAUGAAAGGCAAAGGUCUCCCAAGGCUGCUGAGUUACAAAUAAUUUUCAAAUGUAACUACCUAGGAUAAUAGAAAGCUGAUAUAUUUUCUUUCUACUUUUGACUAAGUAUGAGGCUUAUCUAUCUAUCUGUCUAUAUCAGUAUAGAUAGAUAUGUAUCACUCCUCCUUUCAAAAUGAAUAUUAAAUGAAUAUGCAUAUUUAAUUAAAAAGCUACAAUAGAACCUUGUACUUAUAGAAUUUGGAGACAAAGCCAAUAUAAGUGGAGACAACCUUUGGUGUAGUUUGAGUUUGUGAAAUUGCCAGGGUACGGAAAACUCACACCUUUUUUUCCUCUGUGCAUGUGUGCAAACAAAAUAAAAAUGCAAAGCUUAAAAAAAAAAAUAAAAGCAGAAGCAAGAAUUCGAAAGACAGAAUGCACUUUGCUGUCAGAAUUCAGCUACGAGGUAAUUUUUCCUUGCCUUUCUUUUACACAGCAAAGCCAUAUCAAUAAAUGCUAAAAUGAAUUACAUGUUAAGUACACUGGCCAAGCAAAGCAGGCUGGCCACGGGUUUCCCAUUUACGGCAAACAACAUUGAACUCUGCACAGAUCUCAUGCAGAGUUUCUUUUGUGUAACAAGGAAGUGGGCAGGCAUGCUUUGUAAUUUCUCUCACGUCCAGGAAAAAGCUAUUUUCCAUAACUUCUGAGGGGGUUCUCACAUGAUCAGUUUUAAGGCAUCAGAAUAAUUUUGUGUGCUGUCUGCAAAAGUCCCUUCAGAAUUCAUGUGCGAAUCUGAAUUUCUGUUUUAAUUGUUAGUGAAUUUUAAAUUAUAUUAAACUUUUCUGAGCUAAUAUACUUGUAGAUAAAUCUGUUGGGCUUUGUAACUACUGCAGCACAGCUUGGUUUGGUUGCAGAUGAGGACAUAACUCCGUUCUGCUCCCAUGCAUCCAUCUCUACUAGGAAACACCCAAAACUUGAUUACCUCUCCCUGUUCCCACAUUGAUUAUUUUUUUUUAACUAACUGAUUUGUAAUAAUAUUAUAGCGAUGUAUACCCUGGCCAAUAGAAUAUGCCUUGCUUCUACUGCUUUCAUGGAAGCAUUUUUCUAUAUACUAUAUCAUGUUUAAAACCAUUGCUACAUUUUCUUCCUAAAUCUUUUAAUACCAACUCUGAAUAACGAUAGCUUCAAAAAGUUUUACAGCUAAUUGUCAAUGAUCUGCUGAAAGAGAAUUAAGUAUGUUCAGGACUCACAAUUAUUAGCUCACUGAUUAAUAGCAUUAAACACAAUUAUUUCCUGGCAACAAUACUUAAUUUAGGACUGAGAGACUUCUAUGAAAAAUUCAUGAGUAGUCAUGUUAAGAUUUACAGGCAUGCUCGGAUAUGGAGCACAAGUUACCAGUGAAGAUAAAAUCCAACUUCUGAAAAACAAACAAUUUGGGAAGGGUAGGAAGUCCCAGUGACAGGAAUCAAGGCUUUUUCUAUGACCUUCUGAGCAAGGAAGUUUAUGUUUACAACAAAGGAUUCACAAAAAGCGUAAUAUUAAGUUUUCAGAUCACCAGCAUUUCAUGCACUUUUAUUUUUUUUUUUUUUAUAUAGAAUUUUAAAACUAAGUUUCUCUGCAGUAUAUACCAAAUUAAGAUAUGAAACCUAGGUAAGCAGUUUAGCUCCUGAUAAGCACAGGAGACAUAGCUGUAUUUCAGCAAAUAAGCAGCAAUUCCUAUAAUGUCCAUUUCUGGGGUGUUCUUAGUACUAGCAAAACAAACUGAAACCUUUGUCCAUCCUCCGUGCAAAGGCUGUUCUCACUAAUAUAUACAGCAAAAAUUGCCAUCACUACCUUUAACUACACUUCUCUACCUUGAUGACUCUAAAGAAUGUGUUUCUGGCCAGAAUUAUUGAUUCCUUUAAAUCAAUCAGCUCAGGUUGCUUUGGGAUGGGGCAUAUGGUUUCCUAUAAGCCUGUGCAGGAGAGUGGAAGAAGUUUUGGCACCUGAAGACUCCCCUAAUUUGCCUUUCACGGGGAUUUGCCCUAAAAGUUGUGUUUCUGUAGUGGUUCUUCAAACUUCAGGAGUUAUGAAAAUCUGUCUGUGCCUGCCUUUCCUACUGAAGAAUCAUGGUUGGAUGGAUGGAUGUUAUUUUUCAUACAUCUCUGGGAAAAUCUGUCCGUGCAUCACCUGCUGUUACUCUUUGCCAUUGGCUCUGCCUGUGCACACUGACGGCCCCCUGGCUCUGGAAUGGGAACUAAUCCUUCACCUCUGUCUAUGUUUCCAGUUACAGAAUGAACCUGAUUGAGACUCAGGAGCCCUUGUGAUGCAAAAAUAUUAGUCGAUUCUGUUGCUUACAACUGAUACAGAGUGCUGUGGCAAUAAACUUGCUUAUAGCAA